AUUAAACUGAAUGUCUGACAAUAGCCUGUGUGACUCUGAUGAAUCAUCAUUCGACCCAAUGAAAUCUAGGGUUAAGGAGUUUGUCUAUUACCGGAAGCAAAAAGAAAUCAAAGCCAAAGAAGAAGCAGAGGGUAAGAAAAGAUCUACGCCCAUGAAUUAUUCUAAUGGAAAGACAAAGACUCAGAAAUUUAAGAAUACUCCAGCUGCCUAUCCUGAAGGAAUGGGAGAUGAUUUCUGCACUGAGCAAGGGCAGAAGAAAAUUAAAGGAAUGGGAAUGGGGGAUAAAUACAUAGACAAUGUUUUCAGAAGUAAAUAAAAUGCAACAUAUGACACGAGAAGAGAGGAAAGAAGCAUAUAGACUUGUAGAGGAAGAUUUUAUCCAAAAUGAAGACAAAUUUAGAAACAUCAAAGAAUAUGAGCCAGGAAAAGGGAUAAACCUUCCCCUCUCAUCACAUGGCUGAAACCGUAAGGAUAUGCAAUGAAGAAAGGCAGAUGUAGGAAAUCCGAUGAAGAUUAAGCAUUAAUUUUGCUGAUUCCUCAAAAUUAUAUUACUAAUUAUUCAGAAUGAUCAUCUUUAU